GGCUUCAUUGCAGAAUGAAGAUGGCUGCUCUGGUUCUGUGGUAGUUAGUGACACUGCUCCGUGCUCUGUUUAUUUAGAUCCAGUUCCUUCGCGAUUGGUCUGGUCGGCAGACACGCAGUACAAUCUGGACAAGAAGGUACGAUUGGACGAGGCUCCUGAAUACGCGCCCGUUUCCGGGCUCCCGCCGAUGUCGGAUAAUCAGAGCUGGAACUCCUCAGGCUCAGAGGAAGACCUGGAGACCGAACCGGGGCCGCCCGUGGAGCUCUGCGGGGUCCUCUCUAAGUGGACAAACUAUAUUCAUGGUUGGCAGGACCGAUGGGUUGUCCUGAAGAACAACACUUUAAGUUACUACAAAUCUGAGGAUGAGACUGAAUAUGGCUGCAGGGGCUCCAUCUGCCUCAGCAAGGCUGUCAUCACGCCCCAUGAGUUCGAUGAGUGUCGCUUUGAUAUCAGUGUUAAUGACAGUGUAUGGUACCUGCGUGCUCAAGAUCCAGACCACCGACAGCGGUGGAUAGAUGCGAUUGAACAACACAAGUCUGAAUCUGGAUAUGGAUCAGAGUCCAGUUUACGGCGACAUGGCUCCAUGGUGUCCCUUGUUUCUGGUGCCAGUGGCUAUUCAGCUACUUCCACAUCAUCAUUCAAGAAAGGACACAGCCUGCGAGAGAAACUUGCUGAAAUGGAGACCUUUAGGGACAUCUUAUGUAGACAAGUUGACACUCUGCAGAAGUACUUUGAUGCAUGUGCAGAUGCUGUCUGUAAAGAUGAGCUUGAGAGGGAUAAAGUUGUUGAAGAUGACGAAGAAGAUUUUCUCCAUAACCAUGCUGAUGGAGAGUACAUUCACAACAGUAACGGCAAUAAAGAUAAAUUGUUCCAACAUGUGACUCCGAAAGGAAUAAAUGGUAUUGAUUUUAAAGGAGAAGCCAUUACCUUCAAAGCUACUACAGCAGGCAUCCUUGCUACGCUGUCACAUUGUAUUGAGCUUAUGGUGAAGCGAGAGGACAGUUGGCAAAAAAGGCUAGAUAAGGAAAUAGAAAAGAGGAGACGUGUGGAGGAAGCAUACAAGAAUGCAAUGACCGAACUGAAGAAGAAAGCACACUUUGGAGGACCAGAUUACGAGGAAGGGCCCAAUAGCCUGAUAAAUGAAGAAGAAUUCUUUGAUGCGGUUGAAGCUGCUCUUGACAGACAGGACAAAAUUGAACAGUCUCAGUCUGAAAAGGUCCGAUCACAGUUGUUGUCAACUCUUCCAACAAGUGAUGCAUACAAUGGCAAAGGCAACCACAGAUUUGUGAAGACGGUGGAGGAGAUGGUACAGAAUCACAUAACAUACUCACUACAAGAUGUGGGAGGUGAUGCCAACUGGCAGCUUGUUGUAGAAGAAGGUGAAAUGAAGGUUUAUAGAAGAGAAGUCGAGGAAAACGGAAUUGUCUUGGACCCCCUGAAAGCCACUCAUUCGGUGAAAGGCGUAACUGGUCAUGAAGUUUGUCAAUACUUCUGGAAUGUUGACGUUCGCAACGAUUGGGAGACAACCAUUGAAAACUUCCAUGUUGUGGAGAAGUUAUCUCCGAAUGCACUCAUCGUAUAUCAAACACACAAGAGAGUGUGGCCUGCCUCUCAAAGAGAUGUCCUGUAUUUAUCGGCAAUCCGAGUAGUACCAGCUGCUAGUGAGAAUGAAACGGACACUUGGAUUGUUUGCAACUUCUCAGUGGAUCAUGAUGGCGCUCCUCUUAAUAAUCGGUGUGUUCGUGCCAAAAUUAAUAUUGCCAUGAUCUGUCAAACACUGGUCAGCCCUCCUGAAGGAAACAAAGAAAUAAGCAGAGACAAUAUUCAGUGCAAGAUUACAUAUGUGGCUAAUGUGAACCCGGGAGGAUGGGCUCCUGCAUCAGUACUUAGAGCUGUAGCCAAACGAGAGUAUCCCAAAUUUCUCAAACGAUUUACUUCAUACGUGCAAGAGAAAACAUCAGGCAAACCUAUAUUUUUCUAACAAUCACCAGUGUAACGAAGGCCGUAUGAACAUUCCACCUUGGAUGAGAGAAAGUUAAUUCAAUCAACACAAGAUCUGCAGUCAUUUUCCACGUUACUGCAUUUAACAAAAGUGGAUCCUACAAAGACUUCAUAUUAGUUGUAUUUUAGCAGUGUGUUAUUAUAACCACAUGUACUAAACCAAGUACAGGUCUGUCUUUAUUUGCCGGCUUGCUUUGAAGGAUAACAGGAGAAUUUUUUUUAAAUCACCAAUUACUUGGACUGGGGCUUUAAAUUUCUCUGAUUCACAAACUGCUUGUCUGCCAUACCACAAAAAUAACAACAACAACAGAAACAGAAAAGGCAUAAGUGGGGUGUGUUUUGUGCAUAAAAAGCAGAUGCAAAAAUUGAUAAGAAGCAUGAUCUUUGCACAACCGAACCCGUUAUUUAAUUUUUCAGGUCAUUAGAAAGAGGUUAGUGGGAAGUUGGGUACUUUUUUUUUUUUUUUUUUUUCUCCUCUUUAUACAUACGUAUAUAUAUAUAUUUUGCUAGCCAAAUGCUAAUGUUUGCAGUGGCUCUGUAAAAUUUCACAGAUAUUAUCAGAGGGCUCUUAAUAUUCUAUGGCUUUGCCUUUCCUUGUGAGUCUCCUAUGAAGACUUUGUCUGAUGGAGUACUGCAAAAUUAAAAAAAAAAGCUUUAUUUUUUCCAGAAAUCUAUAUAUUUCUAUUGUAUUUUUAGUUUGUGUGAAUAAUGUUGCUUACAAUCUUCUUGAACAUGAUCCAGAAAGGUCUAUAUUCUUUCUCAAAGAGGACAUAAUACGGUGAUGGUCACUAUGGUCUUUUUGCCUAAUUCCUUCUUGCCAUGCUUUGGUGUUCAAAAGGUCCAAACCCUUUUGCGUUAUUCAGUUAAAUAGAUUGUUGAAAUAUGUUUGUCGAGGUAUUGGCUUUCACAAAAGAGGUUUAAAAUACGGUCAAAUUAUUUUGUAUGCUGCGGCCAAUUUAAUUGUGGCGGGUAACGUCUCUUUUGACCAUUGGAUUGCUGUUGGCCUGCCGCAUCGUAGGUUACCAGCAUGAAGAUUGUGCUUGGCCACUCCUGACAUUACCUGCGUCACUAAGUAGAAUUGUCUAUUUUUAAAGGCGAAAAAUGUUUUAUAUUUGGUUUAAGCUUAGCGUAUAUGGUGUUUAAAUCAUGGUUCAGUCUGUCUUCAUCAUCACAUUAUCAGUGUUGGAUUUAAGUUUUAUUUUAUUACUGUACACAGUUCUGUGUGUUAAGAAUUCCUUUUUUGUUUGUUUUUUGAAAAGCAGUCGGCGCAUUCAUUUAAAACAAAAACUGUGAACUCUAGAUAUUAAAGAGUGUGAAAUUUUGACAACCCCUAAAAAUGCUGAUUGACCAGGUAAUUAGUUAUACAAGUCUUGCUACAUCCCUCACGUGUCACAAAAGUCUGCUUUAAUAGUUGUUGCCGUCCAUAGUCUUUCUUCCUUAUUGAUGUAAGUGCAGCUAAGAAUCCUGGAUGAUUUCUUAACCCUUUAAUUGAUUCAUAUCAGUCUUGUGCAUCUAUUAUCAAAGAUUCACAAAUAUAUAUAUAUCUGUGUUGCAUACCUGCCAGUUAUGUUAAUUUUUUUUAUGAACUGGGUUACAACAAAUAUAUUGAAACAGAUGUAUAUAAUGUUUUUCGUGUAAAAAAAAAAAAAAAAGACAACUUUGCAAAAUAAACUACUACCUACUGA